GUCUUAUUCCUUUCACGGAAGAUGAUAGAGCGCGAUUCUGUCAAUGUUGCUAGUGUUGGAACCAGUUGACUGCCAGUUGCAACCUGGUUGCAACCGUGGUUUGAAACGAAAGGUUCUGCCUGCACGUGUUCCAUGGUGUUCCCAAGGGCCAGGUCACGUUGAUGUGUACUUCAGAACUUCGUUUACCGCAGCUUGCUGUAAAUAAAUUGACAUGUUAAAGUUUUCUGUAAUCCUUGUUUAUACAACGAUGUGAAUAGUUCAACUUCCGUAGAAUAACAUCGAACUAAGCUUUUGCACUUAUAUUAAUUUUUUUCAUAAGCGAGACUUCAAUAUAACAGUUUUUUCGAUUUAUUUUGUAAAUGAUAAUUUGUAAUUAUCGUUGAAUUCUAUAUCUGUCGCGAGGUUGUGGACCAAUGAUACACAAUAUAACUAGUGUUAUAUUCGUUAGACACAUUUGUGUGAAGUAGUUAGAGUUUUAUACUAUAUUAGCGUCUAUUGUUUUUAAAAAAAUGAGCAAGAAGAAUAAAAAUAAGAGUGGCCUUGGUCGGGCACUUAUCAAUGACAGGUUUGGUAAAUCUAACCCCAAAGUAAGACGACCAAAGGAUUCAACGAUGCUGCAUUCUUCAGAAAUUCCUGAUGGAUAUGAUUGGGGUAGAUUGAACCUUCAGUCGGUUACGGAAGAAAGUUCUUUUCAAGAAUUUUUGUCCACUGCGGAACUUGCUGGAACAGAAUUUCAGGCAGAGAAAUUGAAUAUUACUUUUGUGAAUCCUCUCUCCGGUGUUGGUCUUCUGACAAAACAAGAGAAGGAAAAAGUGGAUGAAACUCAAAACGAAAAUAGACAGUUCUUGUCUAUACCCAGGAGACCGAAGUGGGAUGAAACUACAACACCUGAGCAGCUAGCAGCAUUAGAAAGUGAAGGAUUUUUGGAAUGGAGGCGUCGACUAGCUAUGUUGCAGGAAGAAAAAGGUUUGGUGUUAACACCUUAUGAAAAGAAUUUGGAGUUUUGGAGGCAGCUCUGGAGAGUUGUUGAAAGAAGUGAUGUAGUCGUGCAGAUUGUUGAUGCAAGAAACCCACUUCUCUUUCGUUGUGAAGAUUUGGAAAAAUAUGUUUGUGAAGUCAGCCCUCACAAGCAAAACUUAAUCCUUCUCAACAAAGCGGAUUAUUUGACUGUUAAACAGCGACAAGCUUGGGCAGAUUUCUUUGGUGAAAUUGGUGUACGAGUAGCAUUUUAUUCUGCUACAUAUGCUCUUGAAGAAGAAAAAACAAAAAAUCUUGCUGAAGAUGAAAACAAGGAUGGUGAAGACGACGACGACGAUGAUGAUGAUGAUGAUGAUGAGGAGGAGGAGGAGGAGGAGGAGGAGGAGGAGGAGGAGGAGAAAGCAGAACUAACAGAAAAAAAAGGAGAGAAUAAUGUGCUGGAGAACGCAGUGUCCGAUUUAAAAAUAGAAUUAAACUGUAAAGAUGAACAAUCUUCAGAUACAACACCUGAGAAAAAUGAAUUGGAACGAAAGAAUAAUGAAAUGGUUUCAGACUGCAAGGACAAUCUCAAUUUUGAUAACAUUGGAUCAUCAUGUCAUUUAUCAUUAGAAACUCAAAAUGCACAAAAAGAGAGCAGCAAAAGGGUAAAUAAUUCCUAUAAACUUCUUAAAAGGUCAGAGUUGAUUUCAUUUUUCCACACUAUUCCUGUUGGAGAAAAAGUUACACCUGGUGUGACAACAGUAGGUUUAGUAGGAUAUCCAAAUGUUGGUAAGAGUUCUACGAUAAAUUCUCUUCUUCUAGAGAAGAAAGUGUCUGUAUCAGCUACUCCUGGAAAAACCAAACAUUUUCAAACACUUUUCCUUGAUAAGGAUUUAUUGUUAUGCGAUUGCCCGGGUUUGGUGAUGCCUAGUUUUAUGUAUUCAAAAGCAGAAAUGAUUGUUAAUGGUAUAUUACCAAUUGAUCAAAUGCGAGAUCAUGUACCUCCUGUCAACUUGGUUACUAGCCUGAUCCCAAGGCAUGUCUUAGAAGACACCUAUGGAAUAAUAAUUUCACCACCAAGAGAAGGUGAAGAUCCAGACCGUCCUCCAACAUCUGAAGAAUUACUUAAUGCCUAUGGCUACAAUCGUGGAUUCAUGACCGCAAAUGGCCAGCCUGACAAUCCUCGAGCAUCUCGGUAUAUUCUGAAGGAUUUUGUGACUGGAAAGUUAUUAUAUUGUUGGGCUCCACCAGGCUAUCGAGAAGAUGAUUUUAAUGUAUUUCCUGAGAGAAGAAAAAAGCAGGCCAGUGAUGUGCCAUCAGCUAUUACUCCUAAGAAUCAUACAACUAAAGAUUUGGAUAGUGCAUUCUUUAAUAAAUCCUCAUCUACAGUGCAUACUAAAGGAUACAAGGGUUCUGCUGUAGGAAAAGCCCAAACUGGAAGUGGAUAUAAACCUUGGAAGGAUCAUAGUGCCAAGAGAAAUAAACAUGUAAAAUUAAGAAAAGUUUAUGCUCAUUUGGAUAAAUAAAUCUAUGUAAAUAAAAUUGAAGUGUGUCUGUCUGUGAUUUCAAAAUAACUGUCUUUUUGAUAAUCUCAAAUGAUUAUUUAGACGGUAUAAAAAAUAAAUUGUUUUUAUGUUUU